AUGGUAUUUGGUUUGCUGGGUCUUUUAUCCGCAUUUGCCACAACGGCGAUCCCAGUGGCCGCUCGUUUCGAUCUCUAUUGCUUUGUUGCUGUUCGGACGUUGCAAGGAAUUGCAUAUGCUGCCAACUUCUCAGUUAUUGGGAAUUUCCUGAACAAGUGGAGCUAUAUGAAACAGAGCGGUCUGUUUAUCUCGGUCUUGGUAUCGUUCUUCCAAGUAUCGCCAGCAGUAACGAUGCCUUCUGGUGGCUACAUAUGCUCGCAUUAUCAAUGGCCGUACAUUUAUUACAGCCACGGUAUAGCGUCAUUUGUUCUCUUCAGCUUUUUCAUUAUUGCAUAUCGCAAUUCACCUCACAAGCAUCCACUUGUAACUGAUAUCGAACUCAAAAAAAUUGCUGUUGGAAAGGAGGAU